AUAUAUUUCAGACUCAGCAUGCGGUUUAUGCAUGGCAGAUGAGCGCUUAAUGCAUGACCCGUUCUCAUGCCUGUUUUCCAUCGCACGGACUUGGUGGUGGUGCUAGCGCCCAGCGCCGCUGCUCUCACUAUCAUGUGGCCAAAUGAAGUCCUGCAGGAAACCAACCGCUCUGUUCAGUGGUCUGGUGGCAUUCCACCAUACGAACUCGAUAUCAAUAGGUCCUUUACCCAACGAAAAGGCUGAACACCUAUAUUGGCAACGACCUUAUCUUGUACUGGUACAUAGAUGUGCCCCAGGGACGGUCAUUCAGUACAAUGUCACUGAUUCCGUCGGGACACACAUCAACAGCACGGCACUGACUGUUCAGCCCAACCCUCUCUUAUCUAGCGCCUCAUUGCUGUCGAUAAGUUCAACACAAUCCCUGGCUUCUGUGUCUUCAGUCAGCAUAAUUUCCACCAGCUCCACUGGUGCUCCUACCUCCACCCACUCAAACCCAUCAUCCACACUAUCUAGAACUUCCAACUCUCCAUCUCCGACACGAACAUCUUCGGGCGGACGCAGCAAUACUAGAAUAAUAGCCGGAGCUGUUGGGGUACCGUUGCUCUAUUGCUCAUUGGCCUUGCGGCUUUCUUCUUAAGACGACGAAGGAAAUAUUCCCAACAGACGGAGGAUACGGAAGAGCCGUAUACGGUUUAUCCCAGUGGUUACGCUCAAGUUGCCACCCAAAACGUUCCUUCGCCGGCCCAGAGCGCGCCACUGGACACCAUUUUGUCAGCGUACCACACUGAUGCUAUGGAUCCUUCAGGAGUCUCUGUCUUCCCAGGGACAGUAGGUAGUAUGAUGACCGCACCCACUAACGAGGAUGAAGAG